AAGGAAGAGAGCAGCAUCCUCGUGGUUCGAUAUGGCGAGCUUGCCACCACUGCAACUAGCAGUCCUGUGCCUGUUGCUUGCACUCACCGGAAGACUGCGUGCCGAACCAUCAUGCAUCGCAGUCUACUGGGGCCAAAACGGCUACGAGGGAGGCUUACGAGACGCCUGUGCCACCGGCUACUACAAGUACGUCCUCGUAGCCUUCCUCAACCAGUUCGGCAACGGACGGAUUCCACAGAUGAACCUCGCCGGCCACUGUGACCCCAACAGCGGCGGCUGCACUUUCCUGAGCGGCGACAUCAUCUCGUGCCAGCAGGACCACAACGUCACGGUGAUGCUCUCCCUGGGCGGUGCCAUCGGCAACUACAACCUGGUGUCCGAGGAGGAUGCCAGGGAGGUCGCCACCUACAUCUGGAACAAUUUCUUGGGCGGUUCUUCCGCCAAUCGACCCCUCGGGAACGCCGUCUUGGACGGAGUAGACUUGGACAUCGAAAGUGGGGGUGCCGCUCACUACGACGAUCUUGUUCGCUACUUGAAGGCCUACGAUACGCCGAAGCGGAAAGUCUACUUGAGCGCGGCUCCGCAGUGCGUCUUCCCAGACGCACACCUUCAACCUGCGAUCGACACCGGUCUCUUGGACUACCUGUGGGUGCAGUUCUACAACAACUACUGCCAGUACUCCACCGGCAACGAGGGCACCUUUGUUCAGGUAUGGAACCGGUGGCUUUCCGUAAACGUAAGUAAGGUGUUCCUCGGACUCCCUGCUUCUCCUGCCGCAGCCGGAAGUGGCUACGUCGCACCUGAUGUCCUCAUAAAUAAAGUUCUUCCCCUCGUCAAGCCCUCAGAGAAGUACGGAGGAAUUAUGCUAUGGAACAGAUACUAUGACCUGAUCAAUAACUUUAGUGCUCGGGUGAAGGACUACGUGUGCCCUGAUCGUCGUCUGUACUCCAUCGCGUCUACUUUGGUGCCGUCGUCUGCCGUGUGAACUGGAACUGUGUGAGCGUCCAGUUAUGAUGCUGCGCCUGUGGUGUCCUCUAA